AUGAACCUCAUUGAUUCUCCUGGUCAUGCUGAGGUCACGGACGCUCUCCGUGCUCCCGAUGGUGCCUUUGACUGUGUCUCUGGUGUUUGCGCGCAAACAGAAACCGUCCUUCGCCAAGCGAUUGUGGAACCCAUUCUUUUCAUGAACAAAAUGAAUAUGGGUGUGACCACUUCGAGCUGCGAUACAGAGGAGCGUGUCCUUGAGAAAGUCAAUACAAUCACCGACCAGUUUGAAGAACUGGAUGGGACCAUGGACAAUAUUUCUGCUCCUCCCACCGACGGAACAGUUGAUUUCGAUUCCAAGCUUCUUGCGCGAUCACCCUGA